GACAGAAAUAUGUUAUAAAUCAAAUAUGAAUUUGAAGACAAAUUUACUGUCCAUAAAAAAUAAUCAGGUUCGAAUAUCGGAAUAAAAAUCGCUUUUUAUAAAGUCAAAGAGAAUGUAUAUUGCAUUUAAAUGGCUCCUUGGUCUUACGUUCGUAAUGUGGCUUUUUGCCUGUAGUAUUGAUGUUUACUUUAUUUCGUUAAAGGAAAACAACUAUCUAGGUACAAAUGUUAAAGAUGUCGCAAAAACGUACAAGAAUUUAAGCGCGCGUAAUAAAGAAGAACCUAAUAUGGAUAUAAAUAUGAAUAUACAAAAAGCAAAGAAAAGCUGGUUUGGUCUUUAUCAUUAUUAUGCUGUAUUCUGCGUCGCUGGUUGUAUUAUAUCUGCUUUUAGUAAAAGGAAGAAGCUUAUUUUACUUGCAUCAUUAAAAAAAGCUUAUUUCUAUGCUUGCGUGCCUUCAUGUAUCAAUACAGAUAAUUUAAAAAGAACCGCCAACGAAACUUAUUGCACUAUAUCUAAACAUGUACUCCAAAUACGCAGUGAUGUAGAAAGAGUAAUUCAAAAUUGUCACAGUUAUUUUAAUAUAAAACCUGUAAGCGAAGAUGAUGCAACUAAAGAAGCUCUACUCAAAAAGUUAAAAGAUCUUAGAGAAGAGAAGAAAAACAUGUCCUUACUCCUUGCGGCUGCUAUUUGCGAGAAUAGGAAUAUUGUAGUAGGCUAUCGAUUGGAUUCAAUGGCGAAAAAUAAACUGGUGGUGCAGACAAAGGAAAAUGAUAAAAAAAGAAAAGAAUGCCAGCCGCAGUAUAUGAACUAUCAACAUUUGUACACUAUAACAUAUCAGGAAAAUAUUUAUUUACACUCUCAAAUAAAACACUUGACGAAACUGAAGGAAAUUGCCGAAAAAAAUUUGUUAAAUUUGGUACACGAAAUUUGGCUUUCGAAAAAUGAGAAACUAAUGGCUUUUUGUAGUCAAUUUGUUGUUCAAAGUAAAGAUAAAAUAUUAAGUUCAGACAUAAGAGCAGAAAUUGAAAAGUUUUUACAAACUUCUAGUUUAGAUGAAAAUGAGCGAUUUACGCGGCUUGAUACGGGCACUAAAAUGGAUAAUAAAUGUAAAUCUUUAGAAUUAAAGAAAAACUUGUCUUUAUCAUCUAGUGCACCAAAACUCGUAGGUCUGCCUGGCGAACAUAUUUGGACUGUCAAAGAUAGAGAAGGUUUUAUAGAAAAACUUUACGAAUAUGACUUUGAAACUAAUGGAAACACCAUCCGGAGAAUUAGGGAAUAUUCCGUUUAUCAUGAUAAGGAUUGCUUCUUUGAAAAUCUUAGUUCACGGACUAUAAUUCACGAUGACGUCUACGGCGGCGGCGCUGGUGAAUAUAAAACGAAUUUCAACUGCAAUGGAAUACAAAAUCAACGGUUCUUGACUGGAUCUCAGGCGUUUCAACUGUUUUUACAAAAUACACAAAAUUUUAUUAUUCCUGUUAAAACAUUUUAUGGACCUUCGAUAUCGUAUGGUUGAUUUUUAUAGAAUUUUUUUCUUUUUGAAAUACAUAAUUGUUAAUUUGC